UGGCCGAGCUACCAGAUGACCAGGUCCUUCUCCCCAGCUCAUCACACGGUCAAGCGGGGAACGAGAAACAAAUUUGAACGAUACUUGUAUAAAUAUUUAAACGAGAGAAAGUGUACCAAUAUUGUUUUUGCCUUUUGGACGCCAUAUAAGGAUAAGCAUCAUGAGAAGAAUUAG